AUGGCUACGCAGCAUGAGCGGCAGCGGCAGCAACCGCUGCACAUCCUCUUCUUCCCUUUCUUCGCGCCCGGGCACCUCCUUCCGGCCGCCGACGUGGCCGCCGUUUUCGCCGCCCGCGGCGCGAGGUGCACCAUCCUCACCACGCCCGUCAACGCCGGCAUCAUCCGCCCGGCCGUCGACCGUGCCAACGACGGCGGCUCCGGAACAGUCGAUAUCGCCCUGAUGCCGUUCCCCGACGUGGGGCUCCCGCCGGGCGUCGAGAACUACAUGGCCCUUACCACGCUCCAGGUAGACUGCCGCGCCAAGUUCAUGCGAGCCGUGCAGCUGGUCCGCGAGCCAUUCAGCCGGUUCCUGGCCAACAACCGCCCCGUCGACGUCGUCGUGUCCGACAGCUUCUUCAGCUGGUCCGCGGACGCCGCCGCGGAGCACGGCGUUCCGCGGCUCGUGUUCACCGGUACCAGUGUGUUCGCGCGGUCCUGCAACGAGAGCAUGCUGCGCAGCAACCCGUUCGAGACGACGACGGCAAAUGAGGGCGAUCCUGAAACUCUCGUUUCGCUGCCCGGGCUGCCGCACCGCGUCGAGCUGCGCCGGAGCCAGGUGAUGGACCCCGGGAAGCAGCCGGGGGCGUGGGCGUUCUACCAGAGCAACAACGCCGCCGACCAGAGGAGCUUCGGCGAGGACAUGGCUGGGAGCGGCGCCAACAUCAACGCCGACGUUGACAAGGACUGCUGUCUGCGGUGGCUAGACACGAAGCCGGCCGGCUCAGUGGUGUACGUCUCCUUCGGCACGGCAACACGUUUCUCGCCGGCGGAGCUGCGCGAGAUAUCCCGCGGCCUCGACCUCUCCGGCAACAACUUCGUGUGGGCUAUCAGUGCCGGCGAAAGCACCGAGUGGAUGCCUGAAGGCUUUGCCGAGCUGACGGCAAACGUCGGCGACAGCCGCGGCUUCAUCAUCCGGGGCUGGGCGCCGCAGACGCUCAUCCUGAACCACCCCGCCCUCGGCGGGUUCAUGACGCACUGCGGCUGGAACUCUGUGUUGGAGGCCGUGAGCGCCGGCGUGCCGAUGGUGACAUGGCCACGGUACGCCGACCAGUUCUACAACGAGAAGCUCGUCGUGGAGGUGCUCAAGGUUGGCGUCAGCGUCGGCGCUAGGGACUACUACGCCUCGGCCAUGGAGAACCAUGAGGUGAUCGGCGGCGAGGUGAUCGCUGAAUCCAUCAUGGCACUCAUGGGAAACAACGAGCAGGGCGACGCUAUACAGAAGAAGACUCGGGAGCUCGGUGGAUGGCUAGGAGCGCGGUCCAGAAGGGCGGGUCUUCAUACAGCGUUGUCGGACGGCUGA